AUGUCAAUGCGCUACCUCACCGCACAUCUCGCACAGGAGAUUGACGCUAAGCUCAUGGGUGAGGCGGGCGCUUUCUCCCUGGAUCAGCUUAUGGAGCUUGCGGGCCUCGCUGUUGCCCAAGCGCUCGCGGCGUCCUUUUCUAUCCCGAAAUAUACGAGAGUCUUGGUAUGCUGUGGACCGGGGAAUCAGGGAGGAGACGGGCUGGUUGCGGCGAGACAUCUGAGUCACUUCGGGUACAAGCCUACACUGUACAUGCCCAAGACGGGUAAUAAGGACAUCUACCAGAGACUACAUAAACAAUGCACGAACAUGUCCAUCCCUACACUUCCUGCGUCCGCCGACCUCCCUGCCUCCCUAAAGUCUCAAGACCUGAUCCUAGACGCCAUCUUCGGAUUCUCAUUCCAAGGCCCCUUGCGUGCGCCUUUCUCUCGGAUCCUCCCCCUACUUAGGGACAGCGGAUUGCCGAUGUUGAGCGUGGAUAUACCCAGCGGGUGGGAGGUGGAACGCGGGCCUGUACCACUCCAAUCCGAGGAGGGGGAAGACUUGGGAGCGCCAUUAGACCCGGAGGUCCUUAUAAGCCUUACCGCGCCAAAGUUGGGCGUGAAGGGGUAUAGAGGGCGCCAUUGGUUGGGAGGGAGGUUCGUUCCCCCGGCGAUGGAACGGGAGUGGGAGCUGAACUUGCCCGAAUAUCCGGGCAGCGAGCAGAUUGUCCAGCUACCCACCUCGGCCGAACUUUGA